AUGACGUCACAGGUUACCACAACAUAUCCACGUGACCACGAAAGUCCUUUCCGUGAAGAACUUCCGGUUCGGAUUAGACAAGUGAAGGCCAUAGCCAUUGGUGACGAACCCAGUGAAUACACUACAUGCACAGAACAAACGCAUGUUAUCUUUAUCAAAGUUCACAAGGCCGGAAGUUCAACAGUUUCUAACAUUCUCCAAAGAUUCGGUACAUUUCGGAAACUAAAUUUUGUUCUACCAAAGAAAACAUUGCACGUGGAAAGAUACAAUUACAUAGGUGAACCUGGAGGUUCUGUUGCCAAUGACAACAUCAUACUCGUCCCCCAGGGUCAACACUACAACAUCCUGUGUAAUCACGUGACCUACAAUAGAACAGCUUUCACUCGCUUGUUCCCAGCCAAACGGUUUUUCUACUUGUCUAUUAUCCGUACACCUCUAGAUCACUUUCUGUCGGUAAUUCGGUAUUACGGAUAUUCAAAUUUUAGCUACAUACAAACUAUUUUAUCUAUCAAGUCUGGUAACCCUCUAUCGGAAUAUCUCAAAUCUCCCGAGGAUUAUGAACCCUACACGCCGUAUAUUUCUUACACCAAUAACAGACAAAGCGUAGAUUUGGGCCUGCCGAUAGAUGUCCUUGGUAACGUCUCGGCAAUACAUGCAUACGUUGACACCAUUCGGCGAGACUUUGAUUUUAUCAUGCUUCUAGAAUACUUUGACGAAUCACUAAUUUAUCUCAAAAGAAAGUUGUGUUGGUCCUAUAAAGAUAUUCUCUACUAUCCUAAAAAUAGCCGAUGGAAUAAUAAUAAAUAUGCAUUAUCCGUCCUGGAUUUAGCUAGGUUAAGAACGUGGAACAGUGCUGAUUACAUUCUGUAUGAGGAAUUACACAGUGAAUUCUGGAGAAAAAUACAAAACGCAGGAGCAGACUUUUAUGACGAAGUUCUACAUUUCAAGCGUAUAACUGAAGCAGUUCGACUGUAUUGCGCCAAUGCGGAUGUCACAAGUGACCUUGAGAUCAAGGGGUCAAGAUGGGAGGCAGACUUUACAGUUACUACCGUAGACUGUCAAAUGCUGGGGCUUGGCGAGCUCCAGUUUCUCGAUAAAAUAUAUUUCGAAAACUACGGUAUUGUUAAAAACAGAAGUGGAUAGAGUCACGUGAUAUUCAACAAGAGUAUUCUCAAUCUGACGUAAAUCAUUUUAAUUUUUAAAUUUCAGUUAUUUUUGGAUGGUCGCGUGCUGUUGGGAAUGUUUAUUCAUUUUCUGAUCAUUUCUCACACAAAUUCAUUGUGGACAAAUGAGAAAAGGCAAGUUCACACCAUCGGUCAAUGAAGACAAACCGCAGAAAUGCCUGACCGUCCUUAAAUGAUCCAUUUGUGCCGGGGGACAUUGAAACGGUCUGUUUUCGUCCUUGACCGUUUACAACUUAUUAAUUCGGAAAAUGUGGUAAUGUUUCUACUUUUUUAUGUAUUAUUGGUAUUGUUAUUAUUGUAUGCAUUUAGAUCGGUAUACCUUCAGUUUAUAAAACUAUAAUAUUUGUAUAAAAAGGACAAUACGAAACUCUGUAAUCUAUAAGAAUAACAAUGUAUCAAUAGUACAAAUUCCGUAUUUGUUCCUCGUCAGUCUCAUGUCUUGCGUAUAGUUUAAGAGAUAUCUACGGAGAGCAAUAUAAACAUAGCCGUAAGGAUAGUCAAUGUCCAUUUAUUACCCUUGUUGUAGGGAACCACGACACUGUUUCUCCGAGAUUAAUCAUGUUUAACGAGGGCGAAAAAAAGAAACAAAAUAGCAUGUUUCCCUUCCACAGGGGCAAUCAAUAUUGUAUUAGGCCGAAAUAAAACAAUAUCAAAUUAGUGAAGACGAUCAUGUUGACGCGCCAUUAAUGUUAUUUGUUUCAGUUUUUUUCGGAUAUUGGUUGUGGAGGCAUUUGUCGAUUUUUCUAGAGAGGCUCCAAAUAAAAGAAAUGUUAUCGGGAAAACUCGAGCGCGUGAGGGGGAUAUGGAGUUUCAUUACCCCGUCGUGUGACCAAUAUCCUGUUACUAUACAACAGUACCGAUUUGAAGGAUGUUUUGAAAACAUAAAAUUAUGGCAAAGCGUUCACUCGUGUGUUCCUUAUUAUUUUAGUAAUCCUCUGUAAUGUUGAACUUUCUUUUAAGUGCACGAGAGCGUGAAUGCAAGGAGUGUGCGUGUGCUUCAAUGUAUGCGAGUGAGUGUGGAGAUGUGCGUUACGUUCUUUCUGUAAAUAGUUCCACUUACCGUUGUAUAUAAUGUAUGUAAUAUAGGCAUGGGAUGGGCCAUUCAGUUAUAGUCAGUGCAGUGGAAACGCAUUUUCGAGAAAGGAUGGAAUGAAAAGGAGAAAGCCACUAAGCACGGGACGUAGAUAAAUGUAGUAAUUCAAACUAUGGAAGCCAUCUUAUGAUGUGUAUAUACAAUUAUUUAUCUUAUAAGGAAAGGGCGUUAAUA